AAAAGAUUUGGAUAUGUUGCAGUCGGUGGUCCGCGUUGGCGUCCGCCAUGGCGCCCGCGCGCUCGUGGUCGCCGCCCGCCCGUUGCCGCGCUUCGCUCGCUGCGAGACGCCGCUAACGCUUCUGCGCCCGCGGAUGCUGCCGAUCACCAUGCGCUGCCGGCUCUUGUCCACGCGCGCGCUUGAAGAAAACCCGCCCGACUGCCCGCAGUGCGCCGGCGCCAACACGUACUUUGAUGGCGUCUCGCUCUUUGUGUGUCCCGAUUGUAGCCACGACUGGGCUGUCGCCGCCGAUGCAGCGGUCGAUGCAGAGGCCGAUGGCGUCUUCCGCGAUGGCUUUGGCACGGUGCUCCAGAACGGCGACUCUGUCAUCCUCUCCAAGGAGCUCAAGGCCGGCUCCGUCGUCUUGAAGAAGGGCACAAAGGUCAAGAGCAUCCGGCUCGGUGCGUACGGCGAUGGUCACGACAUCUCGUGCACGAUUCCCGGAAAGGGCGCGUUCCACCUCAAGACGCAGUUCGUCAAGAAGGCGUAAUGGAUCAUCUUUGUCGAC